AUGAAACAGAGGUUUAGAAUUGCAAAUUGGACUUCAGAUUCAUCUGUCAACUGCUUGCAUUGCGUCAUUGAUCUCCUUUCUGUGUUUCUAUUCCUCCAUUCUUGGCAAUUUCUAACUUAUACCAUUUAUACCUUUGUAUGUGCUAAUUCAUUGCAGGGUGUUUCAUCUGUUGGUGGAAGAUCGUCCCAGAAAUCCUUAGGCACCCCUUCUCAUCUUUCUUGGCCAUUAUCUAGACCUAACAAGAAAUAUCAAAAUUUUGUUUAUAGGCGGACCUCACAGAAUCUUCGUCUGAAGACGGUUAAAGGGCCCAUCUUGGCAGAAGCUGGAAAACAAGGUUGGGAUUUUGGCAGAUUUAUAGAGACAUUGUAUUAUUUUAAUGGCCCUCCUUCCCCUGCAAAGUUUUUGGAAUCUCUGAUUGAGAAACUAACUGGUCCAUCACCUAGUAAACCAGUUAACUCGAUGGAUUCUUCUGGAAUUACCCUGGUAACUGGAGCCACAGGUGGUGUUGGGAGAAGAGUGGUGGACGUAUUACGCAACAAAAAGUUGCCUGUCCGAGUACUCGUCAGAAAUGAAGAGAAGGCAAGAAAAAUGCUUGGUGAAGAUGUUGACCUGGUUGCUGGAGAUGUUACCAAAGCAAACACUUUGCUUCCUGAGUACUUCGAAGGAGUGACGAGCGUAAUUAAUGCUGUUUCUGUCAUUGUUGGUCCAAAGGAAGGGGAUACCCCUGACAGGGCUAAGUACAGUCAGGGAAUCAAGUUCUUUGAACCCGAGAUUAAAGGUGACUCACCCGAAAUGGUGGAGUACAUUGGAAUGAAGAAUUUAAUAAAUGCUAUUAAAGAAAAUGUUGGCCUUCGCACAGGAAAACUAGUAUUUGGAUAUGAAGGUAACUCAUUUAAAGAACUUCCUUGGGGUGCUUUGGAUGAUGUUGUAAUGGGUGGAGUGAGUCAAAGUACAUUCCAGAUAGAUCUAACUGGUGGGGAAAAUGGUGGACCAACAGGGCUCUUCAAAGGUAUUGUUACCACUGCUAACAAUGGGGGUUUUGCCAGUGUUAGGACAAAGAACUUUUCCGAACCCGAAGACCUUUCUGCUUAUGAUGGUUUAGAGUUGCGCCUCAAAGGUGAUGGCCGUCGUUAUAAGCUUAUUGUUCGCACUAGCCGUGAUUGGGAUACUGUGGGUUAUACUUCGAUAUUCGAUACCAUUGAGGGUUGGCAAUCGGUCCGUUUGCCAUUUUCUUCUUUGAGGCCUAUAUUCCGGGCACGAACCGUACUUGAUGCACUGGCCUUUGACCCCAGUCAAAUCACAUCAUUACAGCUGAUGUUCAGCAAAUUCGAAUCUGAUGGUAAACUGAAUCCAACAUUCAAAGAAGGUCCUUUUGAACUUCCUAUAUCAUGCAUUCGGGCUUAUCUUAAAGAUCCCAUAACUCCGAGGUUUGUACAUGUGAGUUCUGCUGGAGUAACUAGGCCAGAAAGACCAGGAAUUGAUUUAAGCAAACAGCCUCCAGCUGUGCGAUUGAACAAGGAAUUGGACUUCAUCCUGACAUUCAAGUUAAAGGGGGAGGAUGAGAUUCGAGAAUCUGGGAUACCAUAUUCAAUAGUCAGGCCAUGCGCCUUAACUGAGGAGCCUGCAGGAGCUGAUCUCAUUUUCGAUCAAGGAGACAAUAUCACGGGGAAGAUAUCCCGUGAAGAAGUUGCUCGAAUAUGUGUGGCAGCUCUGAAAAGCCCCUAUGCAUGUGACAAGACAUUUGAGGUUAAAAGUGUCAUUCCAUUUAGUGAGCCAUACACAGUGGAUCCAGAAAACCCUCCUCCAGAGAAAGAUUACAAUGAAUACUUCAAGACUUUGAAAGAUGGCAUCACUGGUAAAGAAAGCCUAGAGAAAACUCCUACACCUGUAUAAAACCUAGUAUGGUAUAUCACAAUGUUCACAAGCUGCAACAGCAUUAUUAGCAGAACAAGGUCGAGAGAAGUAAGAUGAGGUGUCUUCUAUCAUCCCCCCAACUCCCUCAAAAAUUAAGAAACUAAAGUUUAGUCUUCAUGGUCCCAAAGGCAGAAAGGAGGUGUAUCUGUACAUAAUUUUCACUGGAAAUAUAUAAUUGAAUGUCUUCCAUGAA